GUAUAAACCUCAUCUUUGAACUUUUCCAAUUUCCAAUAUCCAAAUUAAAGAUCAAUUCCUCUUCUCCAAAAAAACUCUGCUGCAAUCAUGGCUUCUUCUUUGUUCUCUACACCAACAUUUCAGGGUCUAAGACCUCUCAACAAACCAACUGAUUCUUGUGUUUUUCUCAACACUAAGGCCAAUUCCUACAAACCCAUGAAGAAAAGAUGCAAUCUUGGUGUUAAAGCUGAGCUCAACACAUCUCUUGUUAUUAGCUUGAGCACAGGACUAUCACUUUUCUUGGGAAGAUUUGUUUUCUUCAAUUUCCAAAGAGAGAAUGUGGCCAAACAAGGGUUGCCUGAGCAAAAUGGAGUGAGCCAUUUUGAAGCUGGUGAUUCCAGAGCUAAAGAAUAUGUUAGUCUGCUUAAAUCUAAUGACCCUGUUGGUUUCAACAUAGUUGAUGUUCUUGCUUGGGGCUCAAUUGGUCAUAUUGUUGCUUACUAUAUUCUUGCCACUUCAAGUAAUGGAUAUGAUCCUAAGUUCUUUGGUUGAAGAAGAAAAGAGUAGUCUUGUUGAUUUCUAUUUCCUUGUUUGUAAUACAGUAGCUUAUUUGGACAACUUUUACCUUAUGAGCUAGCUUUGGCUGAGAAAUGAUUGUAAAAGAGAGAGGUUGUCUUGUUGAUUUCUCUUCCAUCGAUUAUAUAAUAAGCCUUGUUUGUAAUGCAGUGACAUCAAUUUUAAUUUUAGUUUGAGGUUUU